CUAACGGUGAGCGCAUGGCCCCAAAAUUCAAGUACAACACAAACACAACACAACGAGGGGCCGAGGAAAAAGCAGCCGAAAAGCCAGCAGCAGCCGCCCGCUCAUAAAUCUAGCAAGAAAAACUUAGUUAAUUCGAUUAAUUACAACCAAAUCAUAUACCGGCACACGUUAAAUGGAAACCCGUUCGGUCUAAUUAAAUUUUAGCAUAGAUCACUACUUUCAUUUAAAGCGAUUUUAAGUGAAAUUCUAGCGAUUUGUGUAAUUACAUAAAAAGUGUUGCGGAAAUCGACUCGCUCUAUCUCUCUCUGCAAAUUUUCACGCGCCGAUGAAAAUUCGCAAAAGAUCUGUAUUAAAUCAUCAAUAAAAAUAGCGAAACUAACGGUACAAUGCGUCCAGCUGUUUGAAAUCCGCAACAAAAAAGCAAAAAAUCACAAAAAAAAAAAACACAAAACUAUAAAACAACACGCACCAAAUCACACGGAAACAACAACAGCAACCACAAUAGGCAUUGCUCAUAAUUAAUAUGUACGAGAAAACAUUAAACAUAGGAACUGCGAAAGUUAAUAAUGCAUAUGAAUGGCAAAAAGUGAGAUACAACAACAAACCCCAAACAUCAACAACAACAACCGCAGCAGUUAAAGCUAAGCAACAACAACAAACGCAAAGGCUGAAAAAUGCAACAAAAGCCGCAGCAGCAACAACUACAGCGGCCACAACAACAGCAACAACAGCAACAGUGCCACCGUUAGCCGGCAACAGCAUUACCGUUAAGCAAGGCCCCAAAAUCAAAUUCGUUGGCAACGCGGCGCGCCGCCAAUCGUUGGCCCAUCAAAUCAAGCGAGCACAUCGCCAUUUACUGACCAGCGGCGGUCAGGACAAGCAGCCGCAGCAAAAGCAAAAAACACAAGUGCAGCCGCAGUCGGGCAAAACAGUUGCCAAACCGAAACAGAGGCAGCAGAAACAAUUGUUCAAAAGUGAUAAGGCGAAGGAGAAGUGCAGCAGGCAGCAGCGAAAGCGCGCCGGCACCAGGAGCACUCGCAAUCCGAGGACGCAAUCGGAAUCUUCGGGUCUGUCAUCCCGCUGGUGUUCCAUUGAGGAGCAGCUGAACCUGCUGGACGACCUGCUGUACUACUGCGAUGAGGAGGCCGAACUGUAUCUAGCCCAGCUGUACGAAAGGUUCGAGACACUCCGGCGGAGCAGGAGUUCCACGCCAGUGAGCGAUUUCUGGAGCGAUUCGGACAUGGAGCACGACGACUCCAGCACCAGUGGCACUGGCAGCCACACAGCCAGCAAUACCAGUCUAGUUCCCGCCUCGCUGAAGCGUCGUGGCCACCAGCAUCAUCCGCGCUUCUCGGGCACGCGCCGUCCCAAUGUGCCCAAUGUCCAGGAGAUCCUGGCCGCGCUCUAUCGCGGCGACUCCAAGAGCGCCCUCUCCAAUCUCAGGGGCGAGACGCAACCUCCUCCGGAGGAGGAGCAAACGCAGCCGGAGCAGGUGCUACCGCCCAGCAGAAGCACUUUAAGCCUGCCCCUCAGUGAAUCGGUGACCAAUUCCCUGGGCAGCAACAGUCCCACGCCCACGGACGAGAGCAGCGUGCAGGAUGAAGGGGCCAGCCAUCCGGCCGCAGCUUCGAUAGCCGGAGAUGCAGCCCCGCCAGCAGCCACAGCCACCUCCAAGAGCAAGAAAAAGAAGCGGGAGAAAGGCGAAAAGUCAGAGAAGUCGGAGAAAUCUGAGAAAUCGGACCGCAAGAAGAAGUCCUCGGGCAAGAAGGAGCGCAGCAAACGCUCCAAUGCCAUGGAGGUGAGCAGCGACAGCCUGGCCACCGAUCUCAGUGCCGGCGCCAUCGAUGAGGGCAUCGCACUGGCCGACGACGACGACAACCAGGCGGCGGAGUGGUCCAAGUUGCGGUGCACCAGCGAGGCGGCCGAGAUUGUGGCGGAGCGGGAGGCGCGCCGGAACAAGGGACGCUGUGCGGAUUAUCCGGGACUGGCAUUUGGCAGAUCCAUCUUCAGUUCGGACACCAUGAUGAAGUUCAACAUCAUACGCAACGAGCUGCACAACAUCAUGAACACACAACUCAAACGGGCCGAAUCCGAGGUUGCCGCUCUGAACCGUCGCAUCCAGUUGCUCGAAGAAGACUUGGAGCGCUCUGAGGAGCGUCUGGGCUCCGCCACAGCCAAGCUGUCGGAAGCCUCUCAGGCCGCCGAUGAGAGCGAACGGAUACGAAAAGCGCUUGAGAAUCGCACAAAUAUGGAAGAUGACAAAGUAGCUCUCUUGGAGAACCAAUUAGCGCAAGCGAAAUUAAUCGCAGAAGAAGCUGAUAAGAAAUACGAAGAGGUGGCCAGAAAACUCGUGCUCAUGGAACAGGAUCUGGAGCGUUCCGAGGAGAAGGUCGAGCUCAGCGAAAGCAAAAUUGUGGAGCUUGAGGAGGAGCUGCGCGUGGUUGGCAACAACCUGAAGUCCCUGGAAGUCUCUGAGGAGAAGGCCACACAAAAAGAGGAAACCUUUGAGACGCAAAUCAAAGUAUUGGAUCAUUCUCUGAAAGAGGCUGAGGCUCGUGCUGAGUUCGCUGAACGCUCCGUUCAGAAGUUGCAGAAGGAAGUCGACAGGCUCGAAGACGACCUAAUCGUUGAAAAAGAGCGCUAUUGCAUGAUUGGCGACAGCUUGGACGAGGCCUUCGUGGACCUCAUAAAGGGUCUGGAGCCGUUCUGGAAUCCGCGCAACCCCAAGCCGCCGACCCCCAAGCUCCCAACACCCACGCCAGAGGAGCUGGCCGCCAUGGAGGAGGCACGAGCUGCAGCCGAAGCCGCCGCAGCUGCAGAAGCGGAAGCCGCAGAAGCAGCAGCCGCUGCAGGCGAACCCGGGCCAGAUGGUGCGCCCGCUGCACCCGGCGAGGAAAAGGCACCGCCAAAGGAACCCACUCCGCCCAAGGAGCCCACUCCUCCACCACCACCACCACCGCCAUUCGAGUACUCGAUCGAUCUGCCCCCAGAGGGUGCCGAGGUGCCCUAUGUCAAGAACUACGAGCCACCACCACCCGGAUCCGAGCCAGAGCCGGUGCCAGUCGCGGAGGGAGAUGCUGCUCCGGCGGCAGAGGGUGCUGCUCCUCCGGCUGAGGGUGCUGCUCCGCCAGCUGAAGGCGCCGCUCCUCCAACUGACGGUGCUGCUCCUCCAACAGAGGGUGCUGCUCCUCCAGCUGAGGGUGCUGCUCCUCCAGCUGACGGUGCUGCUGCUCCUGCUGAAGGCGCUGCUCCUCCAGCAGAGGCUGCCGCAGCUCCAGCUGAUGCAGCGGCUCCAGCUGCCGAGGCCGCUCCAGCUGAAGCCCCUGCUGCCGAAGCUCCCGCCGCCGAAGCUCCUCCAGCUGAGGCCGCGCCCGCCGAAGCGGCUCCCGCUGCUGCCGAAGGCGAGGCACCUCCAGCUUGAGACCAGCACACAUCGCCACAUCCGCGCCAGAAACCGCUGCUGCACUUCACCGAAAGAGAAAACCACUGCUACCACAUGCUGCCCUGCUUUUAAAAACCUAGUUAAGAGCACGUUUUUUAUUUUUGAAAUAACGCAAAACGAAAUUGAAUUAAACAUUCAGUUAGCCAAAGCAUUAUAAAAACGAAA